AACAUAUUUUUGAUAUGUGUAUAAUUUUCUGUGAUCGAAAAUAUAACCGUAGAUGGGUAUAAAUUUUUCGAAGUGUAAAUAAAUGAAUGUUCUUUGCGAAAUAUUAUGAUAAUUCAUAAUUUAUUAUAUAGAAUUCUUGAAAUAUUUCGGUGAACACCAAAUUAAUAAUUUAUUGUAUCAGCAAACCUGAAGGUGGAAAAUUCUUAUGCAAUAGACACCAAGAUCAGUUUGAAAGUUCAUACUGUGGAAUCAAUAUAUUGAGAGUAAUGGCUAGGAAUGGCAUAACAAUUAAACCAUUUUGCAGAUUUUUGCAUUUUUCUUAUUCUAAAAAUGCUAAUGUUCACAAGGCAUUCCGUAAAGUAUUGUCAUUCAAUACUUCAAAGAAGAGAAAAUUAAAAUUUGAGGAAUUCCCAAUCUUACCUAGUCGUAUUGAUAUGAAGCAAGAUGAAACAAAAACUAAGUUUAUUCCAAGUUUAAGAAGGGUCAAUGUAUUGAAUAAAAUAUUUAUGAGAUAUAUUACAGAUUUGAUAGUGAAUAGUGAACAUUGGGAGAAAUAUAAUAGUCUAGGAAUUGAAAUAACAAAGGUUGAAGUUUCUCAGGACUACAAACAAUUGAAUAUAUUUUGGAUCAGUAAAAAAUCUGAAAAUGAAAAAGAUAUUUUAGGUUUUUUGGAAAAUAACAUGUACACUUUACGUCAUGAACUUUCUCAAUUGAAAGUUAUAGGAAUAGUUCCACCAGUCAGCUUUGUGAAAGAUAAAAAUCAUACCCAAAUAAUGGAAUUAGAUAAAAGGUUGGCAGAAGCAGAUUACGGAGUUGAUUAUGAACCACUAUCAGUCAGUAGAUUGAAGCAUCAACUUGAGCUUUACUGUCCACUAGAAGAAAAUAUUAAGAAUCAACUUGAAAUAAUAGAGGAUGAUAAUAAAGAAGAAGAAUUGGAUGUGGAAUAUCCUGAGAUGCCUCAAAAUGUAUUAGGUUUAGAUCACGCAAAUAUUAUGAAAAAGUUAUUGGCUACUAAGAAAAUUCAAACAGAAUACAAUAUUUUAGGAGACGAAAAACACGCCAGAAAAUCUUCUGAAAAUGUUGAAGACACAACAUCUUCAAGAGAUGCUUUCAUAUCUUUUCUGCAGAAACGACAGCUUCUUAACCAAAAAUUAAACAAAGAAGAUAAAAAUUAUAAUCCAGAUAUGGAGUAUAUAAAAGAAGAAAUGAGCCAUUCAUUUGAAGAACACUACGAUAACAUUGAAGAAAAUUUGGAUAAAUUCGAGGAUUAUAUCGAAGAUGAAACUUAUGAAAAAUAGAAUUAAUUCAUGGAUAAUAACUGUGAUGAAGUUGAGAAUAGUUAGUCAACACCUGCAAAUAGACAAUGUAGGAUAUAUUGCGAACUUACAAGUGUAAAAUUUCAUUGGAAUAAGAGAAUAUCUCUUUGAAAUAUGGAAUAAGUGGAUUUCAUAGAAUUCAUGUUUUUUGAUAAGAUUAAGGUGGAGAUACACAUUUUUCUUGUGGAUUAGUAUAAUAAAAGAAAAAUCUAUAAUAAAAUUU